GUCAAAGAGUGCUGGUGCCUCACCAAACUACAACUCCCAGAUUGCAUAGAAUUGAGCCAUGGUAUUUAAAGUGGUGUGUUCUUACACCAUUUCCAUGCACUUGUGGCUAAUCCCAGGACUGCGAUUUUCUCUGGUUUUGUUUCAACUUACCUUGAGGUGGAUAUAUUUCGCUGGCACCCUGGGUUGCCUCCUAGUUUUUCUUAUCAAUACAAUUUCCAGUGGAGUAUCUGAGCAGUUGCAUGGUAAAGAGAUAGCUAUUCCCACAGACCAUUCUAAAGCUUCCUUCUUUUCCUUUUGCCUAAUAUGACAAUGUAGGUUCUAGCCCACCUCUGGUGACACAUUUAUUUCACCCCUUCAAAACAGCGUGUGAUCAAAAUGGCAUUUAUUUGUCACAUUCCUACAUUUUGAUCUCUGUGCCAAUAUAGCAGGAGCAGAAUUAACCUUUAGCUCUAUGCCUCUUCACUUGCCUAAACCACAUGCUCCAAGUUGCAAUUUUACCUCUGUGGUGAAUACAUACGGUUACAGUCAGCCUUCCACAUAUGUUAGGGUUAGGGACACCGUGACAAAAUGAAAAACCAUGAGUACAAUCUUUACUAUUUUUUUUAAAGCUGAGAUAACACCUUUAAGGAAUCUCUAGUUUAUUCAGCAUGGCUCUACGGUCAACUUCCAGCAGAAGUUGAUCAUAGGUUACUCUGUGGGACUUAUAGAUUCCUAAAGUGAACAUUACCAACAAACCCACAAAUAUUCAAAUCAGCAAAAAUCAACCCUGCGCCGAUGGUACCUCUAAAUUUUCUCUAGUGGGGAAAUAGCAUUAAAGCUUGAAAAAAAUUAGGCUAGAAUUCCAAGUAGUCCCAACUAGGUAACUUGAGGGCUUCUGGAUGCUACAGUCCAAAAGUUAAUCCCCCCCCACCCGAACUCUGAUUAGUAGCACUUUAUUGAAGAUUUGCACAUGGGAAUUAACUCUCUUCUUGCAGUGCCAUUGCCUUACUCCAGUGCUACUCCGUGGUAGUUUUAAGCUAUAACUUGAAAUGGCCAACAUCUGAAAACACACCUCCAGCAUCCUAUCUCUCUCAACUCUUAACUAAGCUAAUGGAUAAAUGCUCCCAAGUUUUUAGUAGGAUUUCAAAAUAUCACUAGCUACAUUGGAACCAGAAUAGAAGACACCUUACAAGAAAAGACAAACAAACAAUAGCAUACGAUGAUGUUUGAGCCAUUUCAGAUUGUUUCUAAUGGACCAGAGAAACAAUAGGUACUUAUUCUUUACUACAAAGUGUGGGUCUAACUGUACAACAGGUGUAUUUUCUGAUUGCACAAAUUCCACAAGGGAAAGGACUAACAUUUGGAACAUUUUGCUUUAGUUGUGCCAAUGUCCUCCCUGCAAGAUCACACUCUUGUCUUGAAGCUAUACUUUCCAUUAUCUGUGGUGCUUGCAAAACUUUGAAUGGAACAAGUUUUUCUAGCAAAAGAAUACAGAUUUUUAUCUUUAAUGAGCAGCCUAUCAUUUAGCUUUGGGAAACAGCUUCCUGGUUCUAAAUGGCUCACGAGCGGUGGCUGUCCCACAGCUUCAAAAGCUGACAGUAGAGACUCUUGUGGAGUCUGGAGGAACGGUCCUAAAAUGCUGGGAAUGACAGAUGAUGCUAGCAUAGACCAGGAGGACUCAGCUGUCCCAAAUGGGGAAAUGUUCAGCUGGGACAUCAAUGACAUCAAGCUCCCCAAGAACGUGAAGCAAACAAAUCGGUUUCAGGAAUGGCCAGAUUCCUACAUAAAAUGCAUCUAUAGCGCUGAUGAUAAAAAUGCUCAGAGGCACCUGAGCAGCUGGGCCAUGCGCAACACCAACAAUCACAACUCCCGCAUCUUGAAAAAGUCCUGCCUUGGAGUCGUGAUCUGUAGCAAUGAUUGCUCUGUGCAUCCUGCAAAGAAGAUGUACUUGAGACCGGCCAUAUGUGACAAGGCCAGGCAAAAGCAGCAACGGAAAUCGUGUCCUAACUGUAAUGGACCUUUGAAACUUAUCCCCUGUCGAGGCCAUGGUGGGUACCCUGUAACCAACUUCUGGAGACAUGAAGGACCAUACAUAUUUUUUCAGUCAAAGGGAGCUCAUGAUCACCCAAGACCAGAGACAAAAGCAGAAGCAGAAGCCAGGCGGUCAUUACAAAAAGCCCACGUGUCAGCUUCACCCAGGGUUAAACGGAGCCGGGAUACAGAGUCCCCAACAGGUGAGAUGCAAUGUCAGGACAUGUUACCAUUAAUUGUUUCCAGACAGGAAGACUGUAUGUCACAUACUAUAUUCAAUGGACAUUUCAGACCCAAAACCCCUCUGGAGACAAUGCCAAACCAUUGCUUGUCUAUUGCCAAAAGCCCUGGUUCUGGGAAACCAUCUUACCUACUGGAGCAGGACCUCAACUACAACCAAUAUUUGGACAACUGCAAACAGACUGGAAAUGGUGGCUAUAUUAGCUGCGUUGACCCAACUGAACCAUCAGCAUCUACCUAUUCUGAAUACAGAGAGGCACAAAUUUGGAAUAAGACCAUGGACCUAGGGAGAAAUCCCAUGGCAGAGAAAUAUUGCAAUGGCUCAAGUGUGUAUCUUCCAGGUUUGUCUUGUGAAACUUUCACCUCCAUAAACACUCUUGAUUUAAGUAUCCAGCCUGCUCCUCAUAGAUGGGAGCCAACCAUCAAGGUAGGCUACCAUUCAUUCAGAUCUAAUGUCGGUACAGUUGGAGAAGAUGUGUAUGAAGGAAAAACCCACCUAAACUGUAUCAGCAACAACAUCCCUACAACCUUCUGCCAGCUUCCGCUGGAAGAGUCCUACUUCAUUGCAGAUUCUGGGCAUCACUACUACCAGAAUGCCUUGCCUACAAAAGGAAGUGAAUGGCACACUGAAGAGGAACGAAAAUACACAACUCUGGACUGCUGCAACAAUGAGAUGUUUUUCAACUUUGUCCCUUUACGAUGACACUGUCUGUCAUUCCCAUGCACUAUAUCUUACAGCAAUGAGCAGAUCCUUUGUUGUUCGCUCGUUGAUGCAGAUACAAGGGAGGAGAUGGUGUAAAUAAAUUAUAAAUACUAGUAGUUUAUGUGUAGCUGUGCUAAUUGUUUUUUGUUUUUGUAUCAAUUUCCUUGUUCCCUUUUACUUCCAUCUUUAUUAGCUUGUACAUAUUUGGCAUGGAUAUUUGUUUAUUUCUUUAUUUAUGUACUUCAGUGGUUGUACUAAAGAAAUGUGGAGGAGAAGGAGUUUUAGUCCUGUUCUCUGAUGUGGCACUUUCAGAUCGUUGGCCAAGGGUGACCAAAAGAUGACCAUGGGGUUUCAACACUAUUUUCAUGGUUCCUCCAGACAACUUAUGGUGAGAAAAUGUACCAGCUUCUGGUCAAAAAUUGAAUCAGAUCAGGGUUGUUGUGUUUUCCGGGCUGUAUGGCCAUGUUCCAGAAGUAUUCUCUCCUGACGUUUCGCCCACAUCUAUGGCAGGCAUCUCCAGAGGUUGUGAGAUAU